AUGGAGCCUGAAGGGGAACUGCAACCUGUGCAGCAGAUGACCGCGGGGGACACACUAGACACCAGGGAAGACAUGCCAGGUGGCUUGAGUCCUCCUAAUACUGAAGAGCAGAUGCUCCCCACCAGCAAGGAAGCUGAGUCCCCACUAGAGAUGACCACAAGGGACACGCAAGACACAGAGGAAGACAUGCCAGGCUGCCUGAGCCCUUGUGAGACCACAGUGCAGGUGCCUCCCACCAGGAAAGAAACUGAGCUUUCUCUGGAAGCAUAUAUGGUCCUGCAAGGUCCCCAGGAAAAUAUGGGGGAGCCUGAGGCCCAGGGAAGGCGGCUGCCUCCUCCCAAGCCCCCACGUAGGAACAAGGGCAGAGUUAUCUGGUACUCAGGAUGCUGUCCUUACAGUGACUGGCCCCCUCACCUAGAGAACCAACGUCAGGGUGAGCCAGGCCCCCUGGAGCCUGAACAGGAACUGCAACCUGUGCAGCAGAUGACCAUGGGGGACACACUGGACACAGGGGAGGACAUGCCAGGUGGCCUGAGUCCCCCUAAUACUGAAGAGCAGAUGCUCCCCACCAGCAAGGAAACUGAGUCCCCACUGGAGGCAAGUGUGGCCCUGCUGGGUCCCCAGAACAAUAUGGGGGCCCUGAGGCUCAGGGAAGGUAGCAGCCCCCUCCCAAGCUUCCUUGCAGGAACAAGGGCUGAGUUGUCUGAGGACCAACCUCAGGGAGGGCCAGGACCCAUGGAGCCUGAACAGGAACUGCAACCUGUGCAGCAGAUGACCACGGGGGACACACUAGACACCGGGGAAGUCAUAUCAGGUGGCCUGAGUCCUCCUAAUGCUGAAGAGCAGAUGUUCCCCACCAGCAAGGAAGCUGAGUCCCCGCUAGAGAUGACCACAGGGGACACGCAAGACACAGAGGAAGACAUGCCAGGCUGCCUGAGCCCUUGUGAGACCACAGGGCAGGUGCCUCCCACCAGCAAAGAAACUGAGCCUUCUCUGGAGGCAUAUAUGGCCCUACAUUGUCCGCAGGAUAAUAUGGGGAAGCCUGAGGCCCAAGGAAGGCGGCAGCCUCCUCCCAAGCCCCCAUGUAGGAACAAGGGCAAAGUUAUCUGGUACUCAGAAUGCUGUCCUUACAGUGACUGGCCCCCUCACCUAGAGGAACAACCUCAGGGUGAGCCAGGAUCCAAGGAGCCGGUAACGGAACUGCAACCUGUGCAGCAGAUGACCACGGGGGACACACUGGACACAGGGGAGGACAUGCCAGGUGGCCUGAGUCCCCCUAAUACUGAAGAGCAGAUGCUCUCCACCAGCAAGGAAACUGAGUCCCCACUGGAGAUGACCACAGGGGACACGCAAGACACAGAGGAGGCCAAGCCAGGCUGCCUGAGCCCUUGUGAGACCACAGUGCAGGUGCCUCCCACCAGGAAAGAAGUUGAGCCCUCCCUGGAGGCAUAUAUGGCCCUGCAAAGUCCCCAGGAAAAUAUCGGGGUGCCUGAGGCCCAGGGAAGGCGGCUGCCUCCUCCCAAGCCCCCACAUAGGAACAAGGGCAGAGUUAUCUGGUACUCAGGGUCCUGUCCUUACAGUGACUGGCCCCCUCACCUAGAGGACCAACCUCAGGGAGGGCCAGGACCCAUGGAGCCUGAAGGGGAACUGCAACCUGUGCAGAAGAUGACCAUGGGGGACACACUGGACACAGGGGAGGACAUGCCAGGUGGCCUGAGUCCCCCUAAUAGUGAAGAGCAGAUGUUCCCCACCAACAAGGAAGCUGAGUCCCCGAUGGAGAUGAACACAGGGGACAUGCAGGACACUGAGGGCGACACACCCGGUGGCUUGAGCCCAUUUGACACUAAGGAGCAGAUACCCCCCACCAGCAAGGAAGCUCAGCCCUCCCAGGAGGCAUCCCUGCUGGGUGCCCAGGACUAUAUGGGGGACCCCGAGAUCCAGGGAAGGAGGCAGCCGCCUCUGAAGCCCCCAUGCAGGAACAAGGGCAGAGUCAUCUGGGACCCAGGAUCAUGCCCUCACAGUGACCUGUCACCUCCCUUGGAGGACAAGCCUCAGGAGAGGCCAGGUCAAAAGGAGCCUGAAGAGGAGCUGCAACCCCUGCAGCAGAUGACCUCAGGGGACAAGGAGGACGCAGAGGGGGGCAUACCAGUUGGCCUGUGCCCUUGUGAGACCACAGGGAAAAUACCCCCCAUCAUGGAUGCUGAGCACCCCUUAAAGGCCAGUAUGGCCCUACUGGGUCCCCAGGACGGGACCAUCAAGGCCCAGAGAAGGUGGCAGCCCCCCAGCAAGUCCCCACACAAGAACAAUGGCAGAGUCAUGUGGUUCCAGGCAGAGGAGCUUCUGAGGCUGGCCCAGGACACCCAGUGCCCCAGCACUCCGCUUCACAACAAUCAGCUGGCUCUGCUCAGGGGUGAGAUGUGGGGCUCACUGGAGCACACAGGGUGGGAGGCUCUCAGAGGAACUGAGCUCGAGUUGUGUCACAGAGACUCAUCCUGACCCCUCAGGGUUGAAUGGGACAGUCCUGGGGGUCAGUGCUCUAAAAGCUGGGGGUGUGGGAGUGCUGAGUCAGCAAGGGCUGCACCU